AUGUCCAAAAUAGUCGGAGUUGAAUACAACCGCGUUACAAAUACUACGUCCACCGAUUUUCCAGGUUUCCAGAAGGACCAGGACGCUGCAUGGAACGUGGAGACUUUCAAAAACACAUUUGACGUGAAGAUCAACUCAUUGGAUGAACGCGAGGCUAACUUUGAUCUGGUGCACAUUGACACCUCGGUGACUAAUGCUUUCCGCCGUAUCAUGAUCUCUGAAGUUCCUUCAGUUGCCCCAGAAUAUGUUUACUUUUUCAACAACACAUCAGUGAUACAAGACGAAGUGCUGGCCCAUAGAAUUGGACUCACACCACUCAAAGUGGAUCCCGACAUGCUCUCUUGGGUGGACACCAAUUUGCCAGAGGCUGAGAAAUUCACGGAUGAGAACACCAUAGUUCUCACGCUGAAUGUGAAAUGCACGAGAAACCCAGAUGCUCCAAAAAAUUGUACGGAUUCCAAGAUACUGUACCGCAAUGCGCACAUUUAUGCGCGUGACUUAAAGUUCGAACCACAAGGCAAGCAGCUCACAACUUUUGCUAAAUGCCCUGUUGUGCCUGCUGAUCCGGAUAUUCUACUUGCCAAGUUAAGACCCGGUCAGGAAAUUUCCUUGCGGGCCCAUUGUGUUCUGGGUAUUGGUAGCGACCAUGCCAAAUUUUCUCCUGUUUCAACUGCCUCCUACAGACUCAUGCCUCAUAUCAACAUUACACAACCAAUAUCUGGUGAAUCAGCGAAAAAGUUUGCCAAAUGUUUCUCGCCUGGUGUCAUUGGCAUCGACGACUCGGGCAACGCGUUUGUUCAGGACGCAAGAAAUGAUACUGUAUCAAGAGAGGUUUUGAGACACGAAGAAUUUGAAGAUAAGGUCAAGCUUGGAAGAGUGAGAGACCAUUUCAUUUUCAACGUCGAAAGCACUGGAGCUAUGACCCCAGAGGAAAUUUUCUUCAAGAGUGUCAGAAUUCUAAAAAACAAAGCCGAAUAUCUAAAAAACUGCCCGAUUUCUCAGUGA